AUGGGUGCAGUGUGCACUGCUGAAGCUAAACACUGGGCUCUGAUUGUAGCGGGCUCCAAUAGUUGGUAUAAUUAUAGACACCAGGUAAGUUGAAAAUCUAUUCAAGCUUAUUUCUGUUGGUCAGUCCUAGCGCAGUGCAUGAAGCUCUAGUAUCAAAAAAUUAAGGUAAGGCUCUGAUCAGCUAAGCAUUAAGAGGAAUUCACUUAGGUAAAAAAGAUUAACCUUGACUUACAUGUACGACGAGCGCGACCGCAUUCUACAUUCCAGCCCGGUCGAACGCUUGCAACUCAAUCAGGGAAGGUAGAACGAUAGGAAAACGUGUUCCACUUCUACUUCUACCACUAACUUUUCGGUCUAAUGUGGAAGUUUAUUAAGUGUACGUGUUUUGAAUGUAUAAGAGGAGGGAACUUCCAGAAUUUUAACACUGGGAUCAUCUAGAUUCUUUAAUAUGCAGUCUCUGCCCACGUUCAGAUUGUGGAACCGGUAAACCGUGGAGCUUGCUUACGAACCGUUUAAAAAAAAAAGCUGUGGAAUGAACUUGCGGCUUUAUAUGAAAAUCAGUACAGAUUUACUUUUUUACUGACUACAUGUAAGUUUUCCCGUAGAAUUAAAUUUAAUUGAUGUUAAUGCAUUCAAAAAGAUCUCUUCUUUUGUUCUUUUUCUAUUCACUGAAGUUUUCUCUCAACCGGCCCCCACCUUCUAACCAUUAAGUUACUUGCAUUUUGGCCCUGCUAUUUUUAACAUAUUAGUAAUGAAGCAGCUGAUGAUCACAAGAUGUUUUUGAACUAUAAUCCUGUAUGACCUCAGUCAAGUGCUGUAAUGCUUUCUUCGGUAUUGUGUUCUGUAAAAAUGACCCCGAAGUUUUUAAUUGCAGUGAUCGACCUUUUUGUCAGUGUCUACAUCUAUGACAAUAAAAUUUAGGGCAUUGAUGAAAUGACUCUCUAAUGAUCUGAUAUUAAUAAUAAUAUUAUCAAUAUUAGUAUUAAUGAUAAAAGUAUUACACUUGUACCAAUGGCAGUGACCUUAGUCUUGGAGGCACACUUUGAGGCGCAUGCUGUUGUUAUUGUUAUUGCAAGUGGCCCGUCAAGUAUUCAAGUGACAUGAUGCUCUCUUUACAGACACGACUUGCAUAAAAUGCCCCAUAUUUGGGAUGCAGAGACCUGUUUUCAGACAAAUUUAGACAAUUUAGACUGUAAUUUAAUGAUAAAUCUUGGAUGUCAUAAUGCUAUCAUUACACUUGAAAUAAUGGUGGAGUAGAGAGAUAUUUAAUCUGUACAAGUGGCAUAUAAAGUAUUUAAGUGGUUUAUUGCUGUCUUUAAAGAAAUUACAUUGUAUCAAGUUUUGUGCUCUGCAUUUGGUGCACAGAGACCUGUUUCUGAUCAUCUGCGACGGGAUUAAUAAUUAGUUUAUGAACAGUAAUUAAACGUAAAUGACAAGAGAGUUAAGUGAGGGCUUAGUCGUGUAUAUUAAUGAAAACAUACUUUCUGCAUGGUUUAUUUGUAUUUUAAUUGAAGUUCAGCAAAAAAACACUUUUGGUUUUUUUGAAAGUAAAAUUUUGCCAUGGAAAAUAAAACUUUUAUUUACAAUGAAUUAUUACCUUUCAGUUUAUGAAAAGAAGUGUAAGUCAUUUUUAAUACCGCAAGCCUUCAUUUUUCUUUCAUUUUGUGGUCCAGGGCAAUCUUAUGACUACCCUGUGAGCAGAGACUACAUGUAACUUUUUCACACUGUGAAAUCCACCAUACAUGUAUAUUUGACUGAAAAUACGUACUGCAGUACAUUCAAUACAACAUUUUGAAGGUUCAGAGAGAGAACGUGAGAGAGAGAUUUUUUGUGUAGUAUGUAUUCAGAUGUGAAGGCGUGUACAGGGUGGCGAAGCAGUCGACCCCUCAAACUCCUCAUAUGGAGGUCGGGGGUUCAAGCCUCGCCUGUCACGUUGUUCCCUUAGACAAGGAACUUUACUAAACUUUUUCUCUCUUCACCUAGAUGUAUAAAUGGGUACCAGCUACAUACGGCAAGGGGAUAACCCUGCGAUGGACUAGCAUCCCAUCUAGUGGGGAGUAGCAAUAUUCUUAGGCGUGCUUCAUGCUAAUGAGACCGGGAUAAGCUCUACUGGCUGUUUGGGCCUUUGACUCGUGUGCACCUUUACCUUUUAUGUAUUCAGAUGUGAUUUUACCAUCCAGUAAUAUCAGAAUUAGACCUAAAAGUUUCCUUUUCUCACUGUGCUAGGCAGAUGUAUGUCAUGCCUACCAAAUUCUCCACAAGAAUGGUAUCCCUGAUGAGAACAUUGUGGUCAUGAUGUAUGAUGACAUUGCUCACAACAAAUUGUAAGUGUGGCAACAACAAAAAGGUGACAUAUAUUCAUGUAAGCUUUUUUUUUUAUUUUUUGGUGUUAACACUUUCAGCCCUAACAGUCAUUCAUGGCCAAAGGAAAAAAUCACACAAAAAAACAGAUUGAUAAUUAUUUUUCUUUUUGUGAAAUUUAUUUUCUGAGAAAUAAAUAGUACUGUGCAAAUGUUCUGCCAGGGAGGUUUAAAUUAUUCAAAUGGUAAUGCUAUAAGACUUCAUGCACAGAUUUAAAAUUAGAUUGACAGUUAAAUAUCAUUUAUCCUUAAAGUUAGAGUGAUUUUACUUAACCUGUGAAAUAGGUAGUAGAAUGCUAUGCACUAUUUUGCACUAAAUCCAUUGCCUUUGUAGUUUACCUCUUGCUACCUUGUACCUGUAUUUUGUACUAUUUGUUGGCACACUGAACAUCAAGUAAAGGAUCACUUUAUUACAACUUUAUUAAGUUAUAGUUAGUUUAGCACUGAAUGAUUCUGGAAAGAUAUAAAGAUUCAGAUUUGUGCCCUCUUAUGUUUUUGUUCCCAGCAAUCCAACACCUGGAGUCAUCAUCAACAAGGUACAUUAAUACUUUCAGUUUGAUACUAUAAAUUGAACAUUUUAGUGACCACAGAAGGGCUGAAUUUAGCCUGCACCACAGAUGGAACAAAACUUCUAGGCUGGGGUCAAUUUAAUGAACUAAAGCCAAUUUAGUGCAAUUAAGUGCUUUCAGACUCUAAAACAAUGGCUACACUUGUAACUUUUGUAAAAGUUUUAUUAAAUUGAACCCUGGUUAAGAACAUCUACAAAGCAGCACCAAAAUCCUUGUUUUGGGCCACACUUGUGUACCAGAAUUUGAUUAUGUACCGCCUGUUAAAAAAAGGCAUUAGGGAAAUUUGAAAUGCAUUUCCUUGAGUCCACUGGGGGCUCAGAACAAGGACAUAAAUUCUACUAAGCAGGGUUAGAUUAUGCCUGCAACACAGGCUAUAAGGCUGCAUUAAUCCAAGAGUAAUAAUAAUAGUAAUAAUAAUGUAUUAUGUUCAAAGUUAUAAUAAAUUAUUACAGUAAUUCAUUACAUUGUUAUGUACAGCUGUAUUGUAUAACCGUAGACAAAAGAAGCGCAGGGCAGAUAGUCUCAUACUAACUCAUGUUAGUUUAUGCUUACAAUAAUUUGUAUAUGGUGGUUGUAGUUAGCAGUGCACAGGCUUCCUGCUGUAUGUUUGUGCGUGCCUGUCCUUAUGCUGGUAAUGUUUAUCAUUUGUUCCUUCCUUAAUUCUUUGGUUAAUUAUCCUCUCUUUCACUGAUAAUAAUAUUUAGUUUUUUUUUUUGUUUGAAAUCAGCCUGGGGGAAAAAAUGUGUACCUUGGAGUUCUAAGAGAUUACACAAAAGAGGUGAGAGUGAUUUUGCAAUAUCAGUAAAUGAAUACUAAGGUGCAAGUGGUCUAGGCCAUUUGGCAUUUUCUUGUGGUUGAUACCUGAACUUCUCUUUACAGAUUACCCACUAAGUAAGGAUGCAACUGGUAGUUCUUUUGAAUUCUCGUGGGAGAUGCCUAUCCUAUACACAGAUUACUCACCUAGGGUGCAACUUUUUUACCUAGGGAUGUAGGGCUCGGCUGCUGAGGAGAAGCUAAGCAGUCUUAACAUUGUUUCCCGGGGCAGUUUUAGCCAGCUGUAACCACUCUUCAGUCAGUGAAGUUCACAUGUAGGUGACAGCUGGCUCUUAGAAAAAUCCCUAGCAACUGGUAGGCCUGUUGAGUGCUGGUGGGUGAUGCCUGCAUUUUGCACAGGCCAUUUACCUAAGGUGCAAUUAACAACCCACAAACAUUCUCAUGAUUGUGGUUGAAAACAAUGUUGUCUUGGGAAAAUCAAUGCUUAAUAUAUUAUAUGCCUUUUUUUUAUUUUAAUCUGAAAUUUUUAAAGGAGGUGACUCCAAAAAACUUCUUAAACAUCCUGAAAGGAGACAAGGAAGCCAUGAAGGGCAUUGGCAGUGGUAAAGUGAUUGACAGGUGUGUAAAAUUUAGUUGAAAGGAAGUGAAAUGUGUAAAGAAAACAGUGGAAUCAUCCUCCAAUUACAAGCUUCAAUGGGAACAGCCCUACCCAAAACGGGACAGGCAGAAACUGGACUCAAACAGUGUAGGUCCUCAGGGCUGGAAAUAAUUUCUGGAGAGUCUUCGGACACGAUGACCAGCCAAAUUCAUUUUAGCUCGGUCAUGUAUCGUUUCUGGCCAGUCAAAUUUACAAGAUAAAUAACUCUUCAAACAGGGGCCCAUGAACCAAAACUGGCGUUAUAUAUUUCCAAAAAGUCGUUGCUUAGAGUUCAUAGAACUUUAAAGCACUCAUUGCCAAUAAUAAAAAUAAAUUAUCGUACACACUAAAUUUGUUGGGCACCUCCAAAUAUAAUGAUUUCUGUUCAGUGCGUAUCACGGUGUGAGAUCUUGAUCCUAGAACUCCACCAGUAAUCCGUGUUACUCCCCAUAACAAGGAAAGAAAUUUUUUUUUCCUAUCGAGAAAAUUAGCUAAUAAAAGUGAAAAUGUUUUCAAUUUUGUGACUGGAAGUGCAUGAACCCUGAUGUCUGUUUCAGGUGCAAAUUGUAAACAACGGUUCUAGCUGCAUUUCACCCUGGAUUUCAGAUCAAAGUUCCGCAAUACACAGUGACUCACUACAUACGGAUAAUAACUGAAACCACUGAACAGCACGAUCAGAUAAUUAUGACUGGUCAACAUGACCGGCAAGACAAAAGGUUGACCGGUCAACUCUUCAAUCAGUCCAUCGACCGACCAUUAUUUUGAGCUCUGGUCCCUUGUAGCCAACUGCGGCCCAUACCCAAUCCCACAACCUAUGGCAGACAAACAAAGGAGCAAAGCUGUUCUCUAACGGCACCCAGUGGCCCCUUGUUCCAAACUUGUGCUCCUGGGUGACUAGAAAAUUUUAGUUUUCUCACAGGAAGUAACUGUUAUGCCAGGCACCCUGAAAUUUAGCAGGUUCAGUGCACAGGCUCCCUUUAAUUUUUCUUGGAGUGUAGGCUUUGCUUGCAGGGGUGGACUUUGCCAGAGAUUUGUUACAUUCUGGGUGGGUCUUUGACAUCUCAAGUGAAUCAGAUCUUUGACUUUGUUACUGAAUCAUUCAUUUUUUAAUUGGUUUAUUUCUUAGUGGACCCAAUGACCAUGUUUUUGUCUACUUCACUGAUCAUGGUGCACCAAAACUUAUUGCUUUUCCAGACAGCGUGGUAAGUUGAACUAAAAAGGAAAAUAAAAUAAAAUAACAAUAGUAAUAAUCCAGGUGAACUUAGUCCUGAAUAGGACUGUUGUUGUUGACAGUGACUGACGUUUCGACAACCCGUGCAGUAGUCAUCUUCAAAGUGAAUUGUAUCACGUCAGUUGAUGGUAUUCAACUCUGGUUAUUGGCUUUAUUGGUCAAUUAAGUCACGAUGUUAUUGGUCGUCUGUUAGUUAAGCCAUAAUGUUAUUGGCUAUGAAGACUCGUAAUGUCAUUGGUACAAUUAAAUAAUUAUAAUAAUUAUUAUUAAUUAAGUGUACAGUAACUGUCUGUCAUUUUUUUCAAAGUUUUUGUUGUUUGUAGCUUGAACUGGGGUAUCAGUGCUUGGGAUACAUUAUGCUAGACAGUGUUUACAGUAUUUAAGGUGUUGAAGUACAUAACUGUUAAUUUUUUCACUUUUUUUCUAGCUCCAUUCACAAGACUUGUUAGAAGCCAUCAAUUAUAUGCACAAGAAUAAGAAGUUUGCCAGGGUAGGGAAAACACGUACUUACAGUUUGUACAUACUGUAGAGGGGGUUAUCCCUUAAUGGAGCUGUUUUGGCUUGUGUCAAGUGCUAACAUCCUUGUGUGCCUCCAAGUGUGUCAGGGUCUGACUCCCUCUCUUGCACUAAUCCCCUUUGGGUCUUGGCCACACAUCCAUCUCAGGGCCCCCCACUGCAUGACCAAUAAAUUUUGUUCUUUUAUCUGCUCCGCAAUCAGCCACUGCCCUGCUUGUCUCCACAGGUCUUCACUUCUGAUUAUUCUGGGCCUCCCAAUCCUCAGGUUGCUCAGUUUGUUCUCAUGCUCAAUGGUGUGGAAAUUAAACUGCAUGCAACUAUCAAGCAUAACCUGCAUAAAUAAAACACUCUUCUGCAGUACUCUAAUGAUAGUGACUUUCUUAUUACAGGAAUUCCAUAGUGCCACAGUUUUCCAUAUAUAUAAGUUAAAGCAAUUUAUAUCAUGUUAAAUAAAAAUCAAAGUUAACAUUGACAUGGCACUGAAUAAUAAUCUGACUUGAGUUCUGUUACUUUUUAAAAUUUAUUCCUGGCCACUAGAUGGUGUUUUACCUCGAAGCAUGUGAAUCAGGCUCCAUGUUUGUGAAACUUGAAAAAGAUAUCAAUGGUAUGUUCACGUCCAGUCUGCAUUAUUAUAAUGCAAUAUUUUUAAAUAAUGCACCUGCCCUUAAUAUUACUCUAAAAGCAUUUAACAGUUGUCAGUAGUGGCUGCUUUUCGCAGGCUAGUUCAGUACAGUGCGAAAAAGUGUAGCCUCUGCUCAUGGGGUAGCUGGCCUUAAUAGUGCUUGUCAGUACUAUAGGCUGGUCUGAUAACCAGCUAGAAGAUUAGGCAACUUAAGUGAAGAAAUUUGAUUGUUUCAUUGGCAUUUUCAUAGUAUGCUGAGCCAUUAAGUGCCUUAGUGCUGAUGUUCUAUUAAUUAUUUUCUCUCAAGUUACAAUAAAACAACUUACAUAAUUUAUUAUCGUGAUUUCUCUCUGCUGGUUAGCAGUCCUCAAAAAUCCUUUCUAACAGCUUUGUACAUCUUUCAAGAUUGCUGUAUAUCUAAUUUAUAUUUUUACGUACAUGAAAAUUAGCCAGUCAGAAACAGGGCUGAAAUAUUUUGAAUAACAUAUUUUAGUUAUAAAUAAUUCAAACUAUACCUUAAGUAUAUUUUCCCAGAAAUUGCUUUUUCUUUCUUUUUUUUUUUUGCUCUGCUAGUGUUUGCAACCACAGCUGCAAAUCCUCAUGAAUCCUCUUACGCCUGCUACUACAGUAAGAAAUACCAGACAUAUCUUGGAGAUGUGUACUCUGUUAAAUGGAUGGAAAACUCUGACAAGGUAUUUUUUAACAAAAAAAGAUAUACCGGUAUAUUAUAAAUAAUAUUAAAUUUCUUGUUUCAACCAUGAACCAUGUACUUUAGGGUUGUUUGAAUUCUUCUGCAGUCAGACUGCAUUGCUUGAAUCACCAAGAAUGCUCCAAAAAGCGGUAAGUCUUGCUUGCUUGGAGAUUGAUAAGAAAUGAGGAAGCAAUUAAUUCUACACGAAACAGGGUCUCCUUGCUAAAAGUUUCUCAUGUCCUAUAUGUACCUUAUCGAUGGUCGAGUAUUCUUCAGGGUCCAGUUGUUCAAAUGCUGGAUAGCGCUAUCCACCGGAUAAAUUACUAGAUCCUGAGUGGAUAAAUAUUAGGGAAACCAAUUUGCCCUAUCCACUGGAUAGAGAUUUAUCAAGUGGAUAGCAUUAUCCACCUUUCAAACACUGGGCCCAGGAUAAUUAUUUACUUUUUAUAUCGAACUUGAAAAUUUUUUUCUGAAUUAGCUGAGUAUGCACGUAUAAACACAAAAAUCGAGGGCCUUGACUUGAGAGAAAUUACAUCAUUGCCAAAGAACGAAAACUUAGUGGACAUGACGCGUGUCAUUUCAACCAUCGCUGAAAAAAACUGCAUGCUCAUCACAAGACUGAUUGGCAGAGAUGACAUUUGUAAUGAUGUCAUUACCCUGGCGCUGAUUGGCGGAAAUCUGAUGCAUGAUAGCUCAGUUGACAGGGAGCCACGGGGAAUUGGAGGUGGAAUUCAAAUUCCAGAGAUGUAGUUGCGAAGCUCUCCUUCCUUAUCCCACCCUGCCACUAAAGCACCCUGCCAAGCUUGCUCUCAGGCUAACCAGCUAGCCUUGCUUUAGUCUUGUUACUAAAGCAAGCAAGACUAAAAAUUCUAAUUCCAAACACAGGGUUACAUGGCAAGGCCCCAAGUGCCUCCCGGCCUAAUAUGCCACAUUCUUUGGUCCUUUGAUUUACAAUGUUUACUAGGUGGUUUUCCAGAAGAAGUAUCUUGGUUUUUAUCGGAAAUUAUUAACUAGAAGGGCUAUUUAAUAAUAAUAAUGAUGAUGAUGAUUUGAAGGUAGCACAUCCACAAAGUGGUUCUUCAUCUACCUGAUUCCUGAUCAAAUUGGAAUUUGGAAAUGUUGGUUUUUGAGGAGAGGGGAAAUCCGGAGUACCCGGAGAAAAAACCUCUCGGAGCAAAGGAGAGAACCAACAACAAACUCAAUAUUCCCACAUUUGGCGUCGACACUGGGAUAUGAACCCAGGCCACAUUGGUGGGAGAGGCGAGCGCUCUCACCACUGCGCCAUCCCUUGUUCCCCACCACCACCCUGUCAAAAGCAAUAUUUUUAUCCACCAAUGCUGGCCCUUUUUGCAUACCUUAACAUGUUGAUCUGUUUGUUUCUCUUUGGGAACAUCCAACAUCCUGAUCAUGUCAGGGAUGAUAAUUAUUAUGUCUGGACAUUUUGCAGGUUGAUCUCAGUGAGGAGUCUCUUUUGAAGCAAUUUGAAAUUGUUAAAAGGGAGACAAAGACCAGUCACGUUGAGAAAUAUGGAGACAUGGUCAGUAAACUUAAUAAUAUUUGAGAUUUUCAUCUGUUGAUGGAAGACAGGCUGACUUAAUAGAUGUCACAACUGUGUUCAUAUUGAUGUUCAGUCACCCAUAAUUGAAGGGGUGCAUGGCUCAAGUAGAUUAAAAGGAGACUCUCACUUUUUCUUUCAGAAGUAGCUUGAGGUUUUAUUCCAGGUACAUGUACCUCCUCAAAAGUCUUCAGUGCACUCUGUUUUAAAAUAUUGCUUAAGUUUAUGAUGAGAUUUUCUUAGCAGUCAGUAAAAUUUACGAAUAGUGAAAAAAUUAUGAAUCUGAGUUCUAGAUGGGACACUCUAACCACUGAUCGAGCUACUGGAACUCAAUGGUGAGGUCAGGAGGGUGGAACCUACUGAUGUCACUCUUCUGGUGCAUUUCUGAUAUUUUUUGUUCUAAAACACGGUAUGAUGGCCAUCGUAAAAUGGAUUGACUUCCUAUAAAGAGAUUUUUACCAAUUAUAAUUGAUGAUCAAUCAAGUGGGUCAAUCUGAUUAUUUCUGAUGAUUGAUUACGAAAUCUCAGCCGAAAACAUUCCCCAAAACAGUCAAGCCUCCCGUCCAGAUUAGUCAGAGAAAAUGGUUGUACAUGUAUCUUACUGUUUUGAAAUUUUCUAAUUUGCAAUAUUUUACAGGCAUUUGACCAUGAAGACAUAGAUGACUAUCAAGGUGAUGGACAAGGGAAAUCUUCUGGAAUCACACCAGAAGAGUACAGAAGUGAACCAAUUGUAAGUCAAACACUGUAAUGACAUUAUUGUAUCAUUAUGCAUUAUGAUAGUUAUUAUUGAUCAAGCUUGUUUGGUGAUCAUCAUCAUCAUCAUGUCUCAUCACACCAGUAGGUCCAUAGGCCUCCACGCUGCCUGACCAACACGUUCUUUCUCGUGCAACUCCUUAGGCGACUUUCCAGUUCUUCCACCCUGCUUUGUUUUGCUCUUUUUUUUGUUUUGGUCAAGAUUUCAGAAAUUCUGAGUAUCGGUCAAAUUUUGUUGUCUGUGUGGUUUGUGUCAAAGUCCAUUAAAACAAAAAUAUUCAGCCAUCAUGUCAUUGACCAACAAACUGUGAACAAAUCGAUGCUUUCUUGUGCAACAAAGCUGGCAGUCCCAAGUCGGUGGGAGACCAAUCUCACCCUUUCAGGAGCCAAUCAGAAUGGAUUGAAGAUUCACUUCAUCUCUUCCUGUCACAUAGUCAGUCAUUAUAGAGCGUUUUCAUUCACGUGGCCAGCAUCUAUGCAAAUUUAUGGAAGCAAAAGAAAUUGUUUACAUAAGAAGAGUCCCACUCCCACAGGAUCUGUUUGGAACUCCAACAUAGCUGCCUUGACGUCAUGUGAAAACGGUCUAAAUCAGUUUAUUAUAUGGCUGAAAGAUGAAGCGAAUCCUGCAUUCUGAUUGGCUACCCAAGCCUGCUUGGGAUUUCCUGUGUUGGUCCUACAACUAAAAGUUCUUUUUUUGGCCAUAUGAAGCAGGCCCGAAACGUUUGGAGAGGAACUCAAACCACAAGAAGGCACUUUUGUUUAUUAUUUUUUUGUUGAACAUUCCCUUAAGUGGAUUUUUUUUCCGUUAUUUGUUUGAUCAUAUAAUAAAUGAAUAGCCAACUUCAUACCCUGCAAUGCUUACCUACAUAUGGACUAACGAAGUUUGUUUGGCAAUUUUAGACGGAUGCUGUUCCUGCUCCAAACGUCCACCUUAACAUUCUCCAGAACAGGUUAAAAGAUGCAAAAUCUGAUGAGGAGAAACUGAGGAUUGCCAAAGAAAUAGAAGAUCUGAUUGAGGUGCGCGUGUAGUCUGAAUUUCAAUACAGUUGUUUCCUGUUUUGAGGAGUAUACCACACCCCUGUGGAUAUUGAACCCACCUUUGUCAUUUGUCACCAUUUUUGUCUAGUCUUGUAGCUGUUUAACCCUUUAAGUGCCAAGAGUGACAAACAUCAAUUUUCUCCUAACCAUAUUAAUACGCAAUCAAGAGGUCAUGAGAAUUGACAAAAUGAUCACCAAAGGAAAAAUGCGCUGAUCAUUUUUCAAAUUCUCCCAACUAAUUCAGUAAGGAAAUGUAUAGAGAUCAGUUUGGAGAAUUUAUAUGCAGCUAUUGGAGCUAAAAGGGUUAAGGAGGCCCUCUUGGGUGUGGUACGUAUGUCCCUACUACAGUGGAACCUCGAUUUAACAAACCUCUAUAUAAUGAAGUCCUCGGUAUAACAAACAAUUUUCUUCAGCCCAUCCAAAAUGACAAUAAAAUGUAUGGAACAGAACCUUGAUAUAACGAACCUUGAUUUAGCAAAAUCCUCGUUAUCACAAACACAAUCCAGAAAUGCAUAUGUAAAAUAACCUUCAUGUAACGAAUAAAUGUCAACAUGUGACCAAAGGUAGCUAAAGAUGAAUGCAAAACAGACCAAAGAGGAUAAAAUUUAUGUGUACAGUAGUUUUAAACAGAUUUGUUUGCCUGUUCUUCUGUUUCUAGUGCCGUAACUAUGUACAGCUAUGAAUUGUUCGUAUACAAAUGUUUAUUACAGAAAUUGUUCAGAUCGGGAAGUGCUGGGAGUUGGAAAUUAGUCAUUAACUAUACCUUGAUAUAACGAACAUUUUGCUUGUUUUCCCAUUAAAUCAAGGUUUUCAAUGUAACGAAUUCUCGAUAUAACGAACAAAUUUUUCCAGUCCCUUUUGCAAAUUGGCACUUCAUUAAAUCGACGUUCCAGUGUACAUUAUUUUAGGUACAAGUAUAAACUUUUUCAGAGCUAGGGAAUUGAUCAUAGGCUAUUUUCUGAAUUGCCCCAAGCGCUAGCUAGCUGUUUCAAAGCCAGGCUUAAAGUGCAAAGCCAUUAUGAAAAUGAUUUUUAAUUCACUCUCAUGCAAAUGAUUUUCACAAGAAGUUUUUGGAACUCGGAAAUGGCCUAGUAAAAGGUGGUUUUCACUAGCAACAGAGUCGGAGUCGGAGUUGUUAUCAGAAGUGUAGAGCUUAUGAUCUAGUGAAAACAGCGUUCCGAUUCUGCUUACAACUCCGUCGCUUACAUUCUGCUUAUGAUCUAGUGAAAACCAGAUUGUCGGGGUCAGAAGCAGAAGCAGAAGAACUGAACCAAUCACAAAGCGUGGGAACGUGCAUUGUGAUUGGUUCAUCCUUGUGCGUCUGCGUCCGACUCCAACAAUCUGGUUUUCACUAGAUCAUGAGCAGAACAUAAGCGACAGAGUCGUAAGAGGAAUUGGGAGAAAUGGAAACGUCCUGAUUCCUCUGACUCCGAUUACGUCGCUCUUAUGACUCCGCUUACGUCUCCGAUUUUAGACUUUCACUAGGUCAUAAGCGCUGUUACGACUCCGCUUAUGAUUCCGACUCAGUCGCUAGUGAAAACCAGCCUUAAAAGGGAUAAGGGCCUUGUAACUAACCAACUUUUUACUUACAGCUAAAGGAAGGUAUCCGCAGCACAGUGGAAGAGAUUGUGAAACACUGCACCUCUUCUGAUGAGCAGAUGGUCCGAGUUUUAAAAAAGCGUGCUGACCCUGAAGACCUGGUCUGUUACAAGAAAGCUGUCACAGCAUUUUCAGAAACCUGCUACAAUGUGGGAAAGGUCAGUUUCAUUCCAGUUGGGUGGUUUGGAUCAGUUGAAGAUUCAGGGAAACUACCCAGCUACCCCUCCCUGAUAAAUGCAACGUUUUGCCCCAAGAGAGAGGUUUUAAUGUUUACAUGUGGGUCUAGAAGAGGGGUAUCAGGGUACAAAGAAAGUCAGUUUUACAGAUUCCAAAUUCCAAGAUUCCAGAUUCCAAGAUUUUCCCAAUAGCAAAAUCCACUAGCACCAGGCUGUCCAACAUGGCUUUCUUUGUAAGCUGAUAAGGUGGGCAGUCUCUAAGAAUCUUAUUCCGAUUGUAUAAGCCACCACAAUGGUGAUGGCAGGAAAAAAAACGCUUAAAAAGUGAAUUUGAAAUUUUCAUGGAGUUGAAUUCUUGAGGGCCAUAUCCAAGUUCAGAAAAACAAAACAAUCAUCUUCAUCUUGUUCAUCCUGUGGAUUAAACAUGAAAUUAGCAGAUUUCAAGUCCUACAUGUAUAGUUUUGUAGUGAUCGCAUGGCAAAGAAAUGCACCUAAAACUGUGAUGCAUUUCGUUGUUUUGCUUAUUGAAAUUAUUAUUCCUUUUUGCAGCUGCCAUGUUGGUUAAGUAAGACCCCUAAUAAUUAUUUCACUGUUUGGUUCUGCAGUACAGUGGAAUCCCAGUUUUUCAAACCAUCUUGGGAAAGGCAAAUUUAUUCGAAUGAUCGAAAGGCUUGAAACAUUGGGCAUAAAAUUACAAUGUUUGACCAUUGAAGAGAAGUUACAUUAUACAUGUUUGUUUGAAUUAUUGGUCAUUUCAAAAAACCAAUGGUUCGAGAAAUCUGGAUUCUACUUUAUUUGUUGAGGAUUCAUUCUCCAGACCUUCAAUGUGACUGUGCUUUGGUUCUUCAAAAGUAAACUUGUGGCAAAGUGAUUAUACACAUGCAGUGCUGUAAUUUAACUACAUCAUUACAAUCUACUUUACAGAAUGAGCACGCCCUUCGUUAUGUAUAUGUACUUUCCAACUUGUGUGAGGAGAAGAUACCCGCUCAAAAGUAAGCUUAAUAUCUGUUGCUUAAGAUUGCUAAACUACAAAAACGACCACCAACUACGAACAUAACUAUAUUAUCCAAGAUUGAGUACUGAUUGUUUUAAAUCAUCUUUUAUAAAAAUAAUGGACUUAUUCUGGUGAUUUAGGUUUGUAAAUUCAUUGCUUUGAAUCCCCCGAUUCUCCAUUUUUAAUAACUUUUCAAAAAUUUUUCCCAUUAUAUUACUAAUUUUUCUAGAGUUUGUAACCUAAGAUAACAUAAAGUGCUGCCUCUUACCCCCCUCCCCCUCACACACACUUGUACACCCCCCUCCCCUUGCCCCCGUUUAUAAGGUGCAGCUGAAUAUUUCCAUAGAAACUGCAUGGUACAAAUUUCUAGUAAUAACAAUAAUAGUAAUAUAAGCCCAUCUACCUGUAAACAAAAGAAAUACAGAGGGUAUAGUACAUGGCUGCACUGAGAUACAAAAUUUCUCUUUGAGUGCUGAAAAAUAUUUCACAAUAUGCUAACUUGUGAAAUAGAAAUUUUGUGUCUCCAAGUGGCCAUGUAAUGUUUUAUUCGUUAUUAAUAUAAAUAAAAUAUUACAUCAAUGAAUACCAAACCAUUUCACUUUUAUAGUUUUUUUGCUGUGAAAGGCACGAUUUAUCAUGUAGCCAUAGCAACAGGGAUCUUUUCACGUGUGAAGAUAACAUGUUAUUUUCACAUGUCAAGCUAAAUUAGCAUGUUUUUGCACAAAAGCUUACCUGGUAUUUCAUUGGUGUUUAUAUAAGUGGCAGCUCCCCACAAAAAAAAAUGUAUUGAAAUAUGUCAUUUUGAAGCUGUAUUAAAAGCCACAGUAAAUGCAAAGCGUAUUUGAUCAGCAAUGCUUAAGGUUGUUUUGAAGCACUUUUUCUAUUAUGGUCAUAAGCCCCUUCAGUUGUAAGGGUCUAUGUAUAAGCUCAGGGCUUUUGAGUGGCAGUUUAUGGUAUGUACCUUCAUUUUGUUGUGAAUAAAGACAUUGUAUUAUUACAUUUCUUACGAUACUAAUGCUAUAUUUUCUUUAACAGGAUUGCAGCUGUCAUUAAGCAGCAGUGUGAGAUCCUGAUUUAGGCUGAGCAUGCGUUGAUGGACUCGUUACCAGUUACCAGAUCACGCAAUUUUAUUCUUUUCUACUUAAUGUCAGCAGUAGUUUUGUUUGAAUUAGAUCAAGUUAAAAAUAGAUCUUAAAUAAUAAAGACAGCUAAAAGUUGAAACAUUUAUAAUGACUAGAUAUUACUUAACCCUUUAAACCCUAACAUCAAAAUUCAAACUCUCAUUUGUUAUCCCUAUACGUUUUCAAUAGAAGUAGUGGGGAGAAUUUCUCGAAGUAUCAAUAAGAAUUGUCUUGUGUGAUAAUGUCCUUAAUUCUCAUGACCACUUUGUUUUAUAAAGCAGUGAUAAAUUACAAGGAGAAAUUUGAUGUUGAUCACUCUUAAUGCUUAGAGGGUUAAAUGAAGUCUAACCCAGGCCACAACUUAAACCAUUGGUUCAUAAGUUGGACAUUUACAUCACCUCCAACACAAACAGUUAUGUUAAUGAUCCAAAGCAAUCUUAGAAGGGCUGUUAAGAUUAAAAAUCCUGUUUUGGAUUGUUGACAUCUAGACUUCAUCCAAUAUUAUUCAAGAAGAGUAAAUGUUUCAUGUUAUUAUUAUUAUUAUUUUUUUAGACAUUUUUCUUUGUAUUUUCACGUUAUAAAGGCAUUUGGGUGAAAAAAAUUAAUGCAGAAAAAGCAUCUUGGUGUUGUGAUUAAUUAAGUGCUCAUUUUGUACAUGUAUUUGAUACAUGCCUGUUCUAUAAUUAAAAACAAUUAUAUUUACCACACAUAUUAAGCACUUUGUACAAAGCUUAAAAAAAGGUUAAACUUGAUGUAAAAAAAAAAAUUUAGUUAUAGGAAGGAUUUCAACACUCACAGGGUUUCUAAAACUCUUAUAAUCUUUUCCUUUGACCAGCUCACUUUUAAAUGUCUAAUCUUUCCCAGUAAGUAGGGACAGUGGCCCAGCUGAAACAGUUUGCUUUCUUAGGUACUGCUAACAGCUUUGUUUUCAUACAGAGAAAACCUCACCAAAAUGAUAAAAACAAGAAACAGAAAGACACACUCAGUUUCACUGUCAUUAAAUCCAGUUGUUCAAUUUAAUUCCAAUGCCAGGCUGUCACUGAUUCUCUACUUGGAAACUUGGAAAAGUUGACAUUUUCUUGUGUUGAUGACAUAUAUGUUCUGUGUUUCUGUCAAGAAAUGCAUGGUGUAGCAGGGGCUUCCAUUUUUGAUAUAACAAAAGUUUUACACAGCAUCUUGUCUUUUCAACAUACCCAAAACUGAGUACAACUUGCCUUACAAUAAUCAUUCUACUGUCAUUGUUGAUAUGACCAGUUGAUUUCUUAAUAAUGGACAAGUGAAGAGAUUAACCUGAGUAAACACUUAAGGUUAAUUAGUGAUGUUUGUGUUAGGCAUUCAGAAUUAAAAUUGUAAAUAAUUAUAUUUUCCAGUCCAGGCUUUGUGUCAUAAUGCAGCACUACCCAAUUUGCAUCGCCCAAAUGUAGUCAUAACAGGGAUCCGCAGUAAAAGUAAUAGAGUUGU